CCAAUGGAUACCAGUUUAUCAUCUGCAUUUGUUCUGGGUGUAGCAAUUUUAAUGGCCAGUAGUGUAUUUAACAGAUUUAGUAAGGUUAUCAGGCAAAGAUCCUGCUCCAGCAUCAGAUGAGAAGACACUUUCGAUUCUCGGGAUUACGUGUAGGGAGUAGUAAACAUAUGGUCGCCGUAUUGGGGUACGCGUGUACAGCGUCGCUUUGUUUUUGGAAGGCGGCGCUUGUAGUAUGUUUGUACAAUGACAGCGGCUGGGGGCUUGCCCGCUGAGGAAACACGUCACGAGGCACUGUACUUAAGAUGUCGGCCGUGGCAGGAGGAGCCAGUCUGCUCCACACGGCGCUACCAGAGACGCGCAGCACGAUGAGUGACGCACGCAGAGUCCUCCUGUUGGUCGCCGCGGCCGCUGCAGUGGCCACUGGCCUUCCUGCGGUGGCGCCGCCUCCCGGCUUCGGCUGGCUGCUGCCGCAUCGAGCCCAAAUUGCUGAACGGCCUCCGCUGUCACCUCCACCCCUGGACCCUCACACCGUGUUCAUCCUCACACACGGCUACCCUGUUCAUGUACCGUGUCUACAAACAACAGGGGCUUCGCCUGUGCAGACUGGAAUCACUGCGGGCUCACACAGGGCUGUAGCCAAGAAUCGUCAGACUGAGUCUGCUACGGCUACGGCUACCACGAGGGCCGCGGUGUCCCCCGCAGCUGCCGCGGACGCGACGACGAGGCAGCAGGGCCUGCUGAGCUUCAUCAACGUGCCGGACAUCCCGUGUCCUAAGGGACAGAGGCGCGACCCCGCGGGCAACUGCCGGGACGAGUGGUAGGCUGGCGGUCUCUGGAGCAAGAGCUCUGCGGGGAUACCACUGGCGGGACCUGACAAUCGCAGCUAAUCAGUGUUGCGGCCUGCCAGAAUUUUACGCUUCAUCCAGUAUUAUAAGUUAUUGACAUGGCUGUGUCAUUGUAG